AUGGCAACACUGACUACCCUCCCACUCACCCUGCCUGCUCUCCCAUCGGGCUACUCUGCGCCCUCGUCGUCAGGUCUCUCCAAGCCCAGCUCGGCCCACACUUACCCGGCCGGUCCUUCCUUCCUCUCGUCCGCUCGGCGUCAACUCCUCCAGCGCUCCUUUGCAGAGGAUGACAAGCUCGUCCUAGCUCAGAGGAAGAAGGAGGCGGAAGAGGCGUCCAAAGUAGGGGGAGAAGAGCAGUACCCCGGACUUGGUGAAGAAGAGGAGGAUAAAGCGACAUUGGCGCAGGAUCCCAAAGAGUGGAAGAAGCAGGACCACUAUGCGGUCCUCGGAUUGGGGAAUUUGAGGUACAAGGCGACGGAUGAUCACAUCAAGGUGGCUCACCGCCGCAAGGUUCUCCGUCACCACCCGGACAAGAAGGCCGCCUCGGGCUCCAACGACGACGGCUUCUUCAAGUGCAUCCAGAAGGCCCACGAGACCCUCACCAACCCCGAGCGCCGACGCCAAUUCGACUCGGUCGACGAAGCCAUCGAGGACUCGGUCCCCAACCCCGCGUCCAUCCCCGCUGGCAAGUACUGCGCCACCCUCGCGCCCGUCUUUGCGCGCGAGGCCCGCUUCUCCAAGGUCCAGCCCGUCCCCGGCUUUGGCGGCGAGGAUGCGAGCAAGAAGGAGGUCGAGGGGUUCUACGACUUUUGGUACAACUUUGAUUCGUGGAGGAGCUUUGAGUGGCACGAUAAGGAGGUGGAUGAGGAUAGCACCAACCGCGACAACAAGCGCUUCACCGAAAAGAAGAACAAGUCGGAGCGUACCCGCCGGAAGAAGGAGGACAACACCCGUCUCCGCGAGCUGGUCGACAGCGUCCUCGCCAACGACCCCCGUAUCAAGCGUAUCAAGGCGGAAGAGAAGGCCGCUCGGGAUGCCAAGAAGAAGGGCGGGGCAGCUGCGGCCAAGGGGCCCAGCGCGGCGGAUAAGAAGGCUGAGGAGGACAAGAAGGCCAAGGAGGAGGCGGCAAAGAAGGCUGCUGCGACGCCAGAGUUGAGCAAGGCCGAGAAGGAGGCUCAGAAGAAGGCCAAGGAGGCGGCCAGGAAGAAUUUGAAGAAGUGGAAGAAGUCCAUCCAGGCCGUCAUCGCCGCUUCCAACUACUUCCUCCCUGCCAUCACCGCCCCCUCCGCCGCUCAGAUCGACGCCCACCUCACCGAGCUCGACACCCUCUGCGACCUCCUCGAGCCGGAGGAAGUCAAGGACUUGAAGGAGAAGGUGGAGGCUGCGGGACCCGGAGAGGGAGCCAAGACGGAGUUGAAGGCGAGGGUGGUCGGAUUGGGGCAGAAGGCCGACGGGAAGUUUGUCGAGUUCACCAAGGACCCGUUGGGUGCUUGA